CACGCUCUCUCUUCUAUCGCUCGUCUUGCGGAAAUAUUCCAUUCCCUCCGCAAAAUCACUCCACGUCUGCCACGGCCUACUCCAGACUGCCUAAUUCAGGAUUCUCACAAUAUGGUCUCCAGCGUGACUGGCUCCGAUGGCUCGCCUCAGCUCAAUGGCAGUGCCCAUGGGGAGAAGCGCAAGGUCGAUGGUGAUCUGGGCAGCGACAGGCAAACCCAUACUCGAUCAAAGAGGAAUAGAUAUAUCUCAAUCGCUUGGUAAAUCCUCACUUCUUUACAUUGACUGCUGCGCUCGACUACCCUAUUUGCUGACGCGCAGCUCCUGGUGUAGCAAUGAAUGCAAACGGCGGAAGAUCAAAUGCAAUGGCCAGACGCCGUGUCAGCGAUGCGGCAACCUCUCGCUCGACUGCGUUUAUGCGCCUAACUGCUGCACCAAUUCUCUCAAGGACUCGGCGGAAUUCAAGCAGAUGCAGGACCACAUCACUGUGCUCCAAGAACAAGUCAACGAUCUCUACACCAGUCUGGAUGAACUCCGAAACAGACCUGACGCCAUCUACUCUGCUCCCAUCGACCCUCAAUUUACACAAGAUGCCUCAAACCGUUCGCUGUCGAUGUCCAUGUCGCGCACCCUCCCUCCACUCAUCUCGCCGAAGAGACAGCCCUCAAAGCCUCUGCCUCAGUUUCACGGGCCCACGAGUACGCUGUAUGGCUUGGACGUUGCACGGUCCUCGCUGCAAACGAUGGGUAUAACACAAAAUGCGCCCGACGAUGGGUUGGUAUCGCGCGAACGCAGCCGUGCCGCGUCACCAGUCGCCAUGGCGCCCACACCGCACCCUAGUAAGGACCCCUUGUGGUUGAUCGAACAUUCAGAGGUCAUUCGCCUGUUGAGAGUGUAUGAGGAGGAGAUCGGGAUUGUGUAUCCCGUAGUGGAUAUUGAGAAGGUCAUGAAGCAUGCCAAUUCACUGUACAAGUUCAUCCAGGCGUCAUUGCGAGUGGGUUUCGGCCAACCGACGUUGCCUGGCGCAGAUGCAAUUGAUGACGAGGAGACUACUGUGUUGAAGAUGAUACUUGCUAUCACACUGACGGUUGAGGGCCAUGGCCGGAGUGAGUUUGGGCAAAGGUUCUUCGAUGCGGCGAAACCCGCGGUUGAUUUGAAGUUGGUGACGGCGCUUGAUACGAAGUCGGUCGUCUUGGUCGUCUUGACGGCUACCUUCUAUUUCCAGAAAGACGAGGAGGCACAAGCGUGGCGGUUUAUUGGUAUCGCCGCGCGUAUGUGCAUUGAAAUGGGACUGCACCGAAAAGAUUCUCUACUCAAAUCCUUCACCAAUGAAGCCGAAUACCAGCAGACUGUUCGGAUUUUCUGGACAGUGUAUGCUCUCGACCGACGGUGGAGCUUUGGUACUGGAAUGCCAUUUGCGUUGCAGGAUGCUGAUAUUGAUCCCAACUUGCCUGAACCUGACGAGAACCAUGUCUAUCUGAAGCACAUCACCAAAUAUAACCAGAUAGCAACUAAAGUAUGGUACCACAAUCUCGCAUACGAAGCCGGACAGAACACCAAGAAAGACGAGAUCGGCUUUCUCGAUUAUCAGAUCCUGCAGUGGUAUCAGCAACUUCCUGAUUCAUUGCAAUUCAACAGCCGAGACCUCGCUGCCGAGAACGAAAUCCCUGGACGCGGUAUGCGCCGACUCCGGCUGCUGAUGUAUCUGCGCAAGAAUCAAGCACGGAUAUCGAUUUACCGACCGAUUCUUCACUCUGCAACCAGUAUCAUCGAGAACAGACACUACUCUCAGAACGUUGUUGACGUUGCCAAAGACACUGUCAACACUCUGACCGGCGUCAACCAGAUCUCAGACAUCUACAAAACACAACAAGUCAUGUACAAUUACUUCUUGGUGCAGGCGUUGGCGGUGCUCUUCCUGUCUGUAGCACAUGCUCCCGCGGUGUUCUGUUCACAGACCAGAUCGGAGUUCUAUGCUGCGAUCGAAAUGGUCAAGGGCUUUAGCACCAAGUCCCAUGUGUCUAAGCGGUUAUGGAGGACUAUUCGUGGUCUAAAAGAGAUGGGUGAUAAGAUUGGCCUGCUAGCGCGAGGAGGCAGUGCCGCGAAUGAUUCCGAGCAAGAUGCUCAUUCCGAUGCGGCCGUGGCUAUGGCUGGGUUGGCUGGACAUAAGGUCGAGUAUGCCGCCUACGGGAAUCAGAACCCGACUCAGCAAGGCGCAGAGCUCGGAGUGAGCCCUAAUGAUGCGUUGCAGAUCACGAAUGAGUUGUCGAGUCUGUUUGAACUUGCUGGUGGAUAUGGCGCGACGACACCUGGGCCUGAUGUGUUCAGCUUUGUGGGUGCAAAUGGCGAUAUGAGCCUUGGAGAAGGGUUCAAUGUGUUUGGAAACGAGCCUGAAUUGUCGAGGAUAAUGAAUGAGUUGUUCUAGGCCUGCAAUUUGCGAGUUGGAAGAGCAUUGAGCCAGUUGGUUAGCCUGCUGACGAGCAAUGAAAAAUACGUGUACAUGCUUGGACGGACAUCACUUUUGAUCUAGAAGCAGUCAGACGCCUUUUUGACGGAAAUAUGGGUAGCUAGAGAUGGUGUUGAUACAGUGGUUGUGAAGACGCAGCUAGGUAGGUACUCUAUGGUGUCUAUGGCAUCAAUUCUCGAC